AGGAGAAAGUGACGGCAGAGAGAACUUGGCCACUAGUGAGAUGAAAUUCGGGGAGGAGACGCUGGAGCGCUGCAGGGUACCACAUCCAACCAGAGCCCCAAAAUUGGACCAGCCUGCCCUCUCUGGAUCCCCGGCCCCUCCACGGACGAAGGAUGAGAGGGGUCGACUUUCACCUUAGUUGCCAGGGAUGUCUGUGCACUACGGAAAGGCGUCCCCCUCCAGCAUGUCCAAUGCUAUGUUAUUCCUGAUGCUUUGCAAGAUUAGUCUGAGACGAAAACUGCAGACUUUUCCAGGGAAAAUGGUAAACACUCUCUACAGUGAUGAGGAAAAGGGAAUCCAAGACAAGGAAAGUAAGGAGGAGAGCAUCCUGGCCAUGUUGGGCAUCAUUGGGACCAUUCUCAACUUGGUAGUCAUCAUCUUCGUCUACAUCUACACCACCUUGUAGCUCCCCGACUCGCCUGUGCUUCUUCAUCGGCGGAUCUGAGCUGUUGCAGCCACGGCAUGCUGAGUGACUCGGAGAAAAGGGGCGGAGCCAGGAAGAGGCCGAACGUUCCCAGCGGUGAACUGGAUCUAAGACUAUGUGAUCGCCAUAUGGCAUCCAUCCUCCAACACUUCAAACAGUUAAGACUAUGGGAGACUGGCUCCUUCCUGUCCCUUUUGCAGGUAGAUAGACUGAGAAUACCUGGAGACGUUUGACUUGUACAUAAAUGCAUGAGGCUGACGAGAGACGCUCGCAAGAUGCAGCUUUUCCCAACACGCGGACAUGAAAGACUGCAGCAGAAAGAGCGCGGACACUUUUGGAAAAAUAUUUUUCAGAUGUUCUUAUUAACUGGAGAAGUUAUAUCUGAUUUACUUCAAUGGGAUGAUAGACGAAGAUGUACAGAACAGGUCAACACAGGUAUCUGCAUUGCUAUUUAUUAUGUUUUUUCUCAAAGAUUCUCUCAUAUAAAUGGAUUUAUCUCAUGUUUUACUAAGAUUCAAACAGACGUAUUAAAGAAAACUGUGAUGCAGUUUGAUUUAAUAUUUGUUUUUAUACUGUAUUUCUCACUGUUUUCUGUAAAAAAAUGGACUUUGGAUGGCGUUUUAUUUCACUAUCAACUAUAUGAGCUGAAAAUGGGGUUACAUUAUAUAAUACUAAGUUGUUCAACAUGCAUUUACUUAAACAAAUGGUGUCUUUAAAUGGCAUUAAGUCAAUUUAAAGUGCUGGAAUGGAUGCACUUGACAUUGCGCUUGACAUAAAGUGGCGGGAGAUCAGACAGUUUAGAACAAAGUGGCUUGAUUAUCAUUUAUUAUUCAAGUUUUUAAUGCAUCACUUCAGGGUCAUCAACGCUGAGAUAAGAUGCAUCCAUUUGUGAGAACAGGAUUUGAACUUUUGUCAAAAGGCUCAGCUCUGGAAGCUGAGGAGCAGCUGCUCAGGAGAGAAAAGUUGUUUUCCUGGUUGGCUUCAGUCAGAUGCAGCUACUUUAUAAGUUUCAGCCUGCAGGAAUAUAUCAACAUGCACACUGACAUGCAGACACAUGGGGCAUGAUCAUAACCUGUUCACCCGUUAUGUAAGUGUACAUAGAAUUUAGGAUAGUCUGCAUUUUCCAGCCAUCGCUCUCAGUUUGUGCAUCACUGAUUCAAAACUUAGACUUGUGCAUAAUGACUGUAUGCCUUAAAACAUGAGGAAAUGGUUAUUUCCAUGAUGUAUAAAAUUAUCAGGUUAUUACUACUUUGUGAGAGGUUUCACUUACUGUAUAUAUACUUAUAAUUCAAUGUGAUAUUGUUUUUAAAAAUCAAUGAAAGAUCAUUUAUUGGGUCAUUUUAUAAAAGUGCCCUACUUUUGUCUGAAACAACAUGCAAAAGUUUUUUCUUAAAAUUCCACAUUUCAAUUCCAAUUUCCAAACCUGGGCCAACUUUUCUUCAUUUUAUCCUUUUGUGUUGUGUAAGACAGCUGCAGAGUUUUACCACAAUACUGUGAAUUUACAGGAUCACAGGAAUUUGAAGAGAAACUUGGUAUUUUCCUCUUUGAUUGACUGAACUGGCACUGUGUCAUUUGUCCUCAAUAUCUUACACUUCAUCUGAGAAGCUUCAAACAUGAGCUAAAUUUGAUUUGACCCAGGACUGGAAAUAAGACAACAUUUUUAUACUUGAGGGUUAAAACAUGAGCAGAAAGUGUGUCAGAGAUUAUUUCUGCAUUUAUCAGAUUAUGGGCCAGCAUGUUUCAGAUUGUACAGAUUGAAUCAUGUGACAGUUUGAACUGAAAUUCACUUUUCUUCUGAGUUCUCUCUCAUUUCAGCCUGGUCUCUUAAAAAUGAUGUUCCUAUACUUAUCAAUAACAUUUUUGAGCAAAACUUAUUGGUA